AUGGUGGGAUUAGAAAAAUUACCAGAAGAGUGCAUACCCUAUGUUCUUUCCCUAACCUCCCCAAAAGAUGCUUGCCGAUCAGCCUUGGUCUCCUCUGCGUUUGGAUCCGCCGUCCAUUCCCAAGUUGUUUGGGAGCGUUUUUUACCCUCCGACCACCGUGACAUCAUUUCCCGAUCCGUUUCUCCCAUCACUUUUUCCUCUAAGAAGGAACUCUACUUCCGUCUCUGCGAUUCUCCCAUCUUCCUCGACGAUGGUAAUCUGAGUUUUGCAAUAGACAAAUUGAGUGGCAAAAAAUGUUUGAUGCUGGGAGCCAGACGUUUGCUGAUAGCCUGGGGAGACACUCCAACAUACUGGGACUGGAUUUCUGUGCCUCAUUCUAGAUUUGGCGAGGUAGCUUAUCUACGCUCUGUUUGUUGGCUUGAGAUUUAUGGCAGAAUGGAGAUGCGAUCCCUGUCUCCAAACACAGCUUACGCUGGAUACUUGGUUUACAUGUUUUCCGAAGAAGCCACUGAUUACGUAGGAACUGGACGGAAUUACUAUGAAACAUUUCCUGUCAAGCUUUCAGUUAAGUUUUUCGGGAAUGAAGAAACUUUGAUUGAAGCUCAUGACGAAAAGGAUGCAGAGUUGUUGCUAUCAACAAGAAGGACUACUGCUGAUGCUGCAGCAUCUAUGGAUUAUAGUGUUGGAAAUAAGCGACAGCGUUUUCCAAUGGAGAGAAACGAUGGCUGGAUGGAGAUUGAGAUAGGAGAGUUUUAUUGUGGCCAAAGUGAUAAUGACAAUUGCUUGGUGGAGGUGGGUGUCAAGGAGAUUGAAUCAGGGAGUUGGAAGUUUGGUCUUGUUAUCCAUGGCAUUGAGAUUAGGCCGAUCCAGCCGAAACCAAACUAA